AUGGGAUGCGUAACAUAAAGUGGAAAUAAAAAAGUAAAUAACUCCACUAUACACAGUUAGAAGAUAUGAAACAAGGAUUUAUGAUAAGAAUUCAACAUCCUGAUAAUAAGAUUGAAAGACAAUACAAAUAUUUUGAUGAAAAAUAGAAGAGUGAUUUAAUAAUGAAUGUUAUGAAUGGCAUUUGUUUUAGUGAAAAAGUAUCAGAUAAAUGUGAUGGCAAUUUCAUUUCUCUUUAUGAUCCAAUAGAUGAUAGAUUUCAUUAUUAUGUCUAAAAACUUGAUGGUAUACUUUUUGGAAGCAUUAAGUACUAGGAAUAGAAAUAGAUAAUUCAAAUGAACCUUUGAAAGGUAAAAUUUGGAUUCCAUAUAUAAAUGAAAAACGAUAGGAUUGGGAUAUACUUGUUGAGAAUAAUACUAGAAUUUCUAUAACUGAUCACUUAUUAUGGAAGUUAGAAUAAAUUAAAAAAUGA